AUGGGAGAGGUACAGAUACUGCAGGCUCGGAGUCAAUUUACCGAACGAGUCGGGUAUUGGGCCCGUGAGCCUGUUCCGGUCCAAUCUCAGCCCAUUCCUGAGCCGGGCCAGAUCUGGAGGAAUCGGGCCGGUCAGUUGAUUGAACGACAAAUCGAGAGACGUGAGGUUUUUGAGGUCGGCGAGAAAUGCAGGCACGGGGCCCGAGACGUUGGUCCAGCUGAUGGUGAGAGAUCUGAGAUUUGCGAGACGGGUGAGGGCUUUGGGGAUUGGGCCGGUGAGGAGCUCGAGGUAGGGGAGGUCGGCGACGGCGGCCGGGAUCUGGCCGGAGACGUUGGCGGCGAAGAGGUGGAGCUGGUUGAUGCGGUUGGUUUUGGAGUCGCACUCCACGACGUACCACGUGCAGCAGUCGGUGGCGGGGUCCCAGGAGGCCAAGUGGUAUGGGUUGUUGAAAGCGCAGGCGGAGAGGAGGGUGGGAGAGAGGAGGGAGAGGAGUAUGCACAGGAUUAUUAG